GGCAAAAUCGUAAGAAUUGAAGCAGAAAACUUUAAAUCAUACAAAGGAAGACAAAUCAUUGGUCCUUUUGAUGACUUUACUUGUGUGAUUGGUCCAAAUGGUAGUGGUAAAAGUAACUUGAUGGAUGCCAUCAGUUUCGUUAUGGGUCUCAGAGCAACAUAUUUGCGUUCUUCACAUUUAAAACAAUUGAUUUUCAAUGGUGACGGUCUUGCUACACAACAAAAUAGAACAGCCUAUGUUAAAUUGGUUUUUAAAACUUCUCCAGAGGAUGAAGAAGAGGAAGGAGCCGAAGUAGAAUUCACAAGAACUAUUUCAUCACAAGGUCAAACAGAAUAUAAAAUUAAUAAGAAGGUUGUGCAAGCAGCAGACUAUGAAAAGAAAUUGAAGAGCUUUGGUAUUUUAACAAAGGCUAGAAACUUUUUAGUUUUUCAAGGUGAUGUAGAAAAUGUUGCUUCUAAAUCACCACAAGAAUUAACUAAAUUAUUUGAACAAAUUUCUGGAUCUGAAGAAUAUAAGAAAGAAUAUGAUCGCCUAAAAGAAGAAUAUGAACAAUCAAAUAACAAGUUGAUUACAAAUUUCCAAAAGAAGAAGGGUAUUAGUACAGAAAAGACUCAAUUUAAAAAUCAAAAGAAAGAUGCUGACAGAUUUGAUGAUGCAACAGCUGAACAUACAGAACUCCAAGCAAACUUUGUUUUGUGGAAAUUGUAUCAUAUUGAAAAGGAUAUUCGUAAAUAUAAAUCUGAAUUGACCCGUCUCAACAAGGAAAAGAGUCACUUAUCAUCAAAGCAAGACACAACCAACGAAGAAAUCAAUGAAAAGAAAAAGGAAAUGGCUAAAUUGAAAAAACAAAACCUGUUGGCUACAAGCAAAGUUAAAGGACAAAAGGAUGAUGUCACAAAGAAGAGAGAAUCUUUGGCAUCAUUGAAAGUUGAAAUUAACCAUUUGGAGAAUAGUCUUAAAAAUCGUUCCAAGUCAAUGGAUAAAAAGAAGAAUCAAUUAGACAAACAUACUAAAGAUGUUGAAAAAUUGGAAGAUGAAAUUAAGCAGCUAGAACAAGAAAGAGAUGAAAUGGAAGCCAAGUUAAAAGAAGAAAGUUCCGAAGAAAUUAAAAUUUCUGGUGCUGAUCUUGAGGAAUAUAACAAACGUAAAGUUCAAGCUAGUGAAGAAACUGUGAGUUUGAGACAAGAACUUUCAACACUCACUGGUGAAAAGAAUACUCUCUUUGAAUCUCAAAAAACUGUACUUCAAAAAGUUGAACAAUUCGAAGAAAGAAAAAAGCAACUUGAUGAUCAAAAGAAGACCAACCAAAAGAGACUUGAAAAGUUGGAAGAAUCUUUGCAAGCUUUAGAAACUGAAUUAGAUGAGAAGAAUAGAAAGAAGGAUGAACUCACCAAGUCAACUACUGAAAAGGCUAGAAAAAAGCAAAAAUCCGAAGACGAAUUACAUCAAAUUAGAGAUAAGUUGAAAGAAGCUAGAGUUGAAAAGAGAGACAGUGAAAGAGAAUUAAGAUUCAAGGAAGCACUCGAAGGUAUGAAACGUUUAUUCCCAGGUGUUCUAGGUAAAGUUGGUGAUUUAUUCACAAUCACCCGUGAAAAGUACAAUGUUGCUGUUAAUGUUGCACUUGGUAAACAUUUGAAUUCGAUUGUUUGUGAAACUGAAAAGACAGCUUUAGAAUGUAUCAAGUAUUUGAAAGAACAAAGACUUGGAAGUUGUACUUUCAUUCCAAUUGAUUCUGUCAAAGCUAAGAAGGUCAAUGAAAAGUUGAGAAAGAUUCCAAACUCUAGUGCUAAACUUGUUACUGAUGUUAUCACAUAUGAAGAUAAGGUUGAUAAGAUAUUUAAGUAUGCUCUUGGCAACACUAUCGUUUGUGAUACAUAUGAUGAAGCAACAUCAAUUUGUUUUGAUGAUGAUGCAGGUUUAGGUUUCAAAGUUAAAGGUGUUACCGUUGAUGGUACUGUUAUUAGCAAAUCAGGUAUGGUUACAGGUGGUUUGGCUGAUGUCAGAACAAGAACUUCCAGAUUUAAGGAAAGUGAUAUUGAAAAGCUUAAGAAUGACAGAGAUAAGCUUGUUUCAGAUGUUCAAAAUCUUACAAGAGAAGAAGCCUCUGAUAGUGCUACUUUGUCAAGACUUGAAAUUGAAAUCAAACAACUUGAAGGUAAACUUGUUGUCAGAACUGAUGUCGACUUUACAAAGAAGAAGAUUGCUGAUGUUGAUUCUGAAUUGAGAGAUAUUGAAAAGGAAAUCAAGGCCGAAGAACCAACAAUUAACACUUUAAGCACUAAGAUUUCAUCACUUGAUAGCAGAAUUGAAAAGAUUGAAGGUGAAAUUGCUGAAAUUGAAGAAGGUAUCUUUGCUGAUUUAUCUAAGAAGCUUGGUGUUAAGAAUAUUAGAGAUUAUGAAAAUAAGAAGAAGAAGGCUGAAGAACAUGCUGAUAAGGAAAGAUCUAGAUUCGAAACUAUGAUUUCAAGACUUACCAAUCAACUAGAAUUGAUCAAGAAGAGAGAUAUUACAACAUCACUCGAUAGAUUAGAAAAGGAUGUUGAAAAGGAAGAAAAGACCUUGAGUGAAAAGAAGGAUAAGUGCAAGAAACUUGAAACUGAAUUAAUUUCUAUCGAGAAAGACUUUAAGAAAGCACUUGAAGAAAUGAAAUCGUCACAAUCUUCAGUAGAUGACAAGACAACUGAAAUGAAUGAAUUGAAGAAGAUUUUACAAUCUGUUUAUGAUGAACUCAUCAAGUUGGCUAAACAAAUCACAGCUAAGGAAAAUCAAAUUGAACAACUCAGAAAUAGGAGACAAGAAAUGUUCAUGAAAUGUAAAUUAGAAGAAAUUGAAUUGCCAUCCAUCAAGGGUAAACUAAAAGAAACAUCAUCCCUCUCUCAAGAAUUUGUCACUCUCGAUUUCUCUAGCAUUGAAAAGGAAAAGAGAAAUCUCAAAGAUAUCAAGGAAUAUGAAGCCAUUGAAAAGGACUUUGAAAACAAAUUGCUUGAACUUCAAGAAGAAAUUGAAAGAUUAGCUCCAACUACAGCCAUUGUUGGUAAAUAUGAUGCCAUUUCUAAGAAAUACAAAGAUACCCUCGAAGAAUAUAAGCAAACUAGACAAGAUACAACUAAGAUUAAGAAAGAUUUUGAAGAAGUCAAGAAGAAGAGAAAGGAAGCCUUCAUGAAAGCUUAUGAUAGAAUUUCUCAAUCCAUUGAUAGUAUUUACAAAGACUUGACAAAAUCUGACAAGACACCUGGUGGUACAGCCUAUUUGUUAUUGGAAGAUACUGAUGAGCCAUACUUGCACGGAAUUAAGUUUAAUGCCAUGCCACCUCUUAAACGUUACAGAGAUAUGGCACAAUUGAGUGGUGGUGAAAAGACUGUUGCUGCUCUUGCUUUACUUUUCUCUGUUCACAAAUAUAAUCCAUCUCCAUUCUACAUUCUUGAUGAAGUUGAUGCUGCUCUCGACAAUGUUAACGUUAAUAAGGUUGCCAAUUAUAUCAAACGUUCUGUGAAUGGUCUAACUGAUUUGAAGUGUCAAUUUAUUAUCAUUUCAUUGAAAGAAAACUUUUACACUGAUGCCAAGUCUUUGGUUGGUAUUAUGAGAGAUAUUAGUACCAAGUCCUCAAAGACUUUAACAAUAGAUUUGUCUCAAUAUGAUGAA